AUGUCCAACGAACCCAAUCUCAACUUCGGCUCCCCAACUAUAUUCUUCGAUUCGCAUCCGGAAGAGCAGGAGUCCUACCUCUAUUCCUACUGGUCUUCCCUCAAAUCCAACCUCAAGAUUGCCUUCACCGGUGAAGUCCCGAAGUUCCAUUCCCCUGGUAAAUUGCGCAUAAUAUGGUGGACACAUGAUGGCAAUCAAGGUUUGAAAGACUAUGAGCUGCAUGAAUAUGAGCAGGUCAGGGCCAAUUUCGAUAUUCUGUUGAAUAUGCCAGAGAUCCGGCGGGUAGUAAUACAAGGUUAUUCGGGACAAAACCCUUAUGUCUUAGUGAACGGCACAAAUCCAUGGCAAGAAAAAUUUCGACGGAUGGAGAGGGAGGCAAGAAGGGCAAAAGCUUUGCAGAAGAAGGCGGAGGGAAAGGGGGGGCAGGACGCCAUAUUCGACGAUUUCAUCGGAGCCCCCAAGAUCGAGAAGGGCAAAUCAGGCACUCUGGUUGAUAUUGAAGAUGUGAUCGAGCAAAACGACAGAGCCGAGGAGGAGAGGAGGCGUGUGGAUGGAGACAAGAUCUGGAGGGAGAACGAAGGCUUGUUGAGUGGUGAAAUGGUGUGA